AUGGCCCUCCCAGUCGAGCUCAUCGACAACAUCUGCACCUUCCUCCGUCCACGAGACCUCGCCGCCGUCGCUGCUGCCAACUCCGUCUUCUACCACGUCGCACAGCGCAUCCUCUACAGAGACAUCUCCGUCGACGCCGUCUCCCGCAACCUCCCCGCCGUCCUCACCAUCGCACACAACCCCCACAUCGCACGCCAUGUCCGCACCUUCGCCAUCAGGAUCACCCCAUACUCCGCCCUCCUCCACCCCUACUACCGCGCCCUCGCCACUGCCAUUCACAACAUGUCCGAACUCACCUCCCUCGAGGUCUGCGCUGACCAGGCCGCCAGCUGGGUAAUGCGCACCCCAGACCGCGCCUCACACCCGCGUCUCCACCGCUUCGCCACAAAUUUCCACCUCGAUCACCACGUAGCCCACUUCCUCAACAAAGCCGACGCGCUUUUGGAGCUCGAAGUAGACUCGGCCCCUACCACCCUGCAACUCCGCGACGGUGCUCUGCCCCGCUUGAGCCAAUUCACCGGUUCCUCCCAGGCCGCUCAGGCCGUCGUCCCUGGUCGCCCAGUCCAGCACAUCCAUCUCAGCUCAGGUGAUCUCACUCAAGAGGUUGCUGUAAACCUCGCAAAGUCCUCCGCACCUCUCCAAGUCCUGGGUGCAGCAACAAGUUCCCACUCCGUCGACCUCAUUAACACCUUGACCCAGUGCAUGGCCCACCUUGUCCACCUGCGAAUUGUGACCACCUACAAUUUCUCAGAUGCUCCCGAUUCCACGUACUUCGCAAACAUUGCGGACGCCCUGACGUCCCUUCAGGAUCUGCAGAGCUGCGAGAUAUGGGGUCUCCACUGGACAUCCUCCAAGAAAAGUUUCAACGACGAGACAAAGGUCUGGCAGUCGCAAUCCUUUAAUGCUCAUAGUCUCUUGACAGAGGGCAACCUUCUCGACAACCUCUUAUUCCCCUAUUGA